AUGACUGACAAGAGCAUUGACGCCUUUUCCGACUAUGACGGACUCUGCUCACGAGACGACUUUGCUCGCUUGAAGACAGACGAGGAAGCCGUCUACCACGAAUUCAAGUUCCGAGCCAUCCUGAUGGCAGCCCUGGAACGGGAGGUUCUAGACAAGACCGGUGACCUGUUUGAUCUUCAGCGGAUCGUCGCAGAACAGGCCAUCGAGAUCCGAAAGCUCAAGAACUCAAACACUCAAAACGCUACACCCUCAGUCGCUUCCGUCACGGACCCCACGAGCGGCAGUACCAACCAGAUCAUCAACCCCCCUUGUAGCCGUCUACCACGAGCCACUCCGGCCCUAUCAGAAACGUCAUCACAGCGAACUAUCCGCACCGCCAAGAUUGAUGGUCCGAAGCCCUGGAACGUAGACCCGGCCGUGGACAAGGUCGACUUCGAGAUUUUCUAUCGCCACUUGAUGAACAAGUUGGAAGAAUGGCACAACCCGAAUCGCAUGGAGAAGGCUCAGGAUGAGUAUGACGCUCUGAAUAUGGAGAGUGCAAGCGAUGACUACGUCGAUUUCAAGAACAAGUUCGUUCGCCUCGCAGGAAAGGUCCGCAAACCGAAGUCGGAGUGGAUCAACGAGUUUCACCGCAAGUUGCCCACCACGUUUGUCACUGCCAUGAUGCCGGCCUUCCUAGCGCCUGAUGCUAUGUUUGAGAGCGUCGCCAAGUACGGACAGAGCAUUGCAUUGAAUUUCGCUCAUGCGCGACGACGCAAGGAAGCCAAGCAGAAGGACAAGGAACCAGCUGCUCGGAGGAUUGAGAAGCCCCGUCGCGGCGGUAGUCUCCAUCUGGAACCUCGAAGUCAGUGA